CGCUCGUCACACAGUCGAGCGCACUCGCAUUUAUCUGUGGCAGCAACAGCAGUGGUAGCGGCGCCCGUUCGCUCGUGACAUUUCCGGCCCAGACUUCCGGUUCUCGGGACGACCGAGUUUCCUCCCGAACCAUGCCUAUAUCGUCGCGAAAAGUAAAAAAGAAACGAGGGAAAAGGAGCACGAAACGUCGGCGGGGCAAGCGAGAGCGACGAUCAGUUGGACGCGCGAUGAGUCGCCGGACGGUUCGCACCGAGUUGCGGAGCAGAUCGCGAAGAAAAAAGUGAAAAGUGAGUGUGCGGCUGUUUUUCAAAUGAAAAAUUAUACGAAAAAGUGAUGUGAUAUCGAAACCGGAGCGCUACCUCGCAAAAUGAUACUAAAAGCUUAAAAGGCUUAUUAGUCCUCCUAAAAUCAAUCAGCCUAACUACGUAAAUAGUCGAAAGCAACAGGAAAGAGCCUAACUUUAGUCAUAGUUGUUGCGCGCAGGCGCGAGAAGAUCCUCCCGGCAUUCGCGGGCGUCAAAAGGAGGGAAGAUGAGCGCAUUGCCUAGCAGGCAUAAAUUGAAAAUGGGCAGCGCAGGAAGGUAUUACGGUGCCUACCUCGUCUACGACGUAGCCAACUCUUGCUUGGCUGCGCUACACGCGAAGGUUCCUCCACCACCGCCUUCCCCGAUGACGAUGGCAAUGACGACGACAUCCGUCACGCGCGCCGUCACCAGUACUGCAACGACCAGGCCAAUAUCACCUAUUCACAUACAAAAUCCUCAACAUUACCACAUAUUCGUCGGGGAUCUGAGUCCAGAGAUUGAGACACAGACCCUGAGGGAAGCUUUUGCCCCUUUUGGAGAAAUUUCAGAUUGUAGAGUUGUAAGGGAUCCUCAAACAAUGAAAUCAAAAGGUUACGGAUUUGUUUCUUUUGUAAAAAAAGCGGAAGCGGAGAGCGCUAUCGGUGCCAUGAAUGGUCAGUGGCUCGGUAGUAGAAGCAUCCGUACCAAUUGGGCAACUCGCAAGCCACCGGCACCCAAAUCGGAAGCUAACACAAAGCCGUUGACAUUCGACGAGGUUUACAAUCAAAGCAGCCCAACCAAUUGCACCGUUUACUGCGGAGGCCUCACUAAUGGCCUGACGGAAGAGCUCAUGCAGAAAACUUUCUCGCCUUUCGGUUCGAUUCAAGAAAUACGAGUUUUCAAAGACAAGGGCUAUGCUUUUAUCAGAUUUUCCACGAAGGAGUCAGCGACGCACGCCAUCGUUGCCGUCCACAAUACAGAUAUCAACGGCCAAACAGUAAAGUGCAGCUGGGGUAAGGAGAGCGGAGAUCCCAACAAUGCCCAGCAAACUGGACAGGCACUAUCAUCAGCAACAUACCCGUAUUAUGCAGCGGCGGCAGCGGCGGCAGCGGCGGCCGCUGGUGUAGCUGGAGUCGGUGGGGUUGGUGGGGUUGGUAGUGCUGGUCAACUUGGCUAUUGGUAUCCACCUCAGUCUUAUCCGACGACGGCGACGCAGAUGCAAGCAGGUGGCUUCCUGCAGGGAAUGCAAGGCUAUACGUACGGUCAAUUUGCCGGAUAUCAACAAGCCCAGUACAUGGGAAUGGGAAUGGGAGUACACGCGGCAGGUACGACAGCUGGCUGGGGUCAGGGUCUACCUGGCGGACCCCAGCUAACACCCCAUCAUGCAACGACGGUGACAGGUCCUCCAGGUGUUCAGGCCGCACCUCCGCCACCACCACCACCCGCGCAAAUGAUGGCUUAUCCCAUGCAACAGUUCCAGCUAGCGGAUGAGGAUUGGCUGACGCCUAGCCUCCUAGUGUGAUGGUAAGCAAGCGCGAAGAGAAGCCCCCGUCGAUAGGCAUCGACGCAGCCACUAGUGUGACUACGUCAAGGCAGGCGGCAACUCCUAUUGAUACUACUACGACUACUACUGCGAUCGUGGCGACAAUGACCUUCAUGAUGAUCAUUGUGGUAUUGGAUUUACAACGACGACGAGGACGACGACGACGACGAC